AUGUUAAAAAUUAUUAUCCCAACAAUCAUAUUAAUCCCUACUACUACAAUAUGUAAACCAACACAAUUAUGAUAUACCACAUUAAUUCACAGCAUACUAAUUUCAUUAUUAAGCCUACAACUAUUUUAUCCCUCAUUACAACCAAUUAUAAACUUCUCAAAUCAUAAUAUAGCAGCAGACCAAACAUCAACCCCUCUUAUUAUCUUAUCAUGUUGACUCACCCCAUUAAUAAUUCUAGCUAGUCAAAACCACCUAUCAACAGAACCCCUAUCACGAAAACGAACCUUCAUUAUCACUACAAUCAUUCUCCAAAUAUUACUUAUCAUAACAUUCUCAACCACAGACCUAAUAAUAUUUUUCGUACUUUUCGAAGCCACACUAAUCCCAACAUUAAUAAUAAUUACACGAUGAGGUAAUCAAAUAGAACGACUAAAUGCUGGAACCUACUUCCUAUUUUAUACACUAAUAGGAUCACUACCUCUACUAGUUGCUCUGCUAUCUUUAUAUUCCAAUACAAAUUCACUCUCCAUCCUCACUAUACAACUAAGUCCAACAAUAUUAAAAAACACAUGAACAAACUCAAUAUGACUACUAGCCGCACUAACCGCCUUCAUAAUUAAAAUACCACUAUACGGUUUACAUUUAUGAUUACCAAAAGCACAUGUCGAAGCCCCAAUUGCAGGGUCAAUAAUCUUAGCUGCCAUUCUAUUAAAACUAGGUGGAUACGGCAUUAUCCGAAUUAUAUCAACCACUAACUUCUUAUCAAAAACACCAUAUUACCCAUUCAUAAUUCUAGCAUUAUGAGGAAUUAUCAUAACAAGCCUAAUCUGCCUACGCCAAACAGACCUAAAAUCACUAAUCGCCUACUCAUCGGUGAGCCAUAUAGGCCUUGUUACCGCUGCAACACUUACACAAACAGAAUGAGCCUACACCGGAGCCAUCACCCUUAUAAUUGCCCACGGCCUAACAUCAUCAUUAUUAUUUUGCUUAGCUAAUACAAACUACGAACGAAUCCACAGCCGAACACUAUUAUUAACCCAAAAUAUACAACUAUUACUCCCCCUAAUAGGUACAUGAUGACUACUAGCUAGCCUAACCAAUAUAGCUCUCCCACCCACCAUUAAUCUUAUAGGUGAAUUAACAAUUAUCACAUCACUCUUCAACUGAUCUAACACUACAAUCAUCAUUACAGGAUUAGGCACCCUAAUCACCGCCAUCUAUACCUUACAUAUGUUCUCCUCAACCCAAUGGGGAGAAUUACCACAACACAUUAAAAUUAUAGCACCAUCACAUACACGAGAACACCUCAUUAUAACACUCCACAUCCUACCCAUAACACUACUAAUAAUAAAACCAGAACUAAUCUGAGGCCCACUCUACUGUUAA